CUGAGUUUUAUUUGAAAGGAGACCAUGGUGCGUUGCAUAAUCCUCUUUUUCUUUUUUAAAAUAAACAAUGGAAGAAAACAAGUGGGAUACUUACAGUGAAGGUAGGUAGAAUUAGACAUGAUAACCUCAAGUCAUACAAGAUAGAAAUGGAAGAUGACGAUCUAGUGAUGGAUGUAGAAGAAAUGGAAGAAGAUGAAGACAUGACUCGUCAGCGAGAAGAAAGCAAAGGAUUUCAUGAUGACUUCAUGACUGCAAGUACUUCACGAAUGUCCAAUACACCCAUCUACAGACAACAAGGUGAAUUCGCUCGAUUGGACGCGUCACCUGUUCAUAGCUGGGGUGAAGUAGGUGAUGAAAAGAGUGAAUCAGUGGCAUUGUUAAUGCAUAUGGAAAAGACAAUUGUACAUCAAAAGUUUUUUCAAAGUAAGUGAUGACAUGACUUGAUUAGGUUACUUAGAUGAUUUAGCUUUUGAUGAUGACUUUGAUGAUGACGAUUUAGCCUAGUUUAUUAUUUACAUGUCCUCCAUCAGUUGAUCACCAAUAAAUCUUUGUAUU